AUGUCAGACUUGUAUGUCAACCUCGAGGCCCCUAACGGUGUCAAGUACAGACAGCCGACCGGUCUCUUUAUCAACAACGAGUUCGUUGCUGGAUCGUCGACUCAGAAGAUCACAUCUAUCGACCCUGCCACCGAGAAGGAGAUUGCUACAGUUCACGCAGCCAAUGCCGAUGAUGUCGACAAGGCCGUCAAGGCAGCCUACGAUGCCUUCCACAACCCUUCAUGGAAGAAGCUGCCUCCUCCCCAGCGAGGUGUUUUAAUGAACAAGCUCGCCGAUUACAUUGAGGAGCGUACCAAGAUCUUUGCUACUUCAGAGGCCUGGGACAACGGCAAGAUUUACACUGAUGCCGAGGGUGGCGACGUUGUCGAAGUUAUUAAUACCCUUCGUUAUUACUCAGGUUGGGCAGACAAGAUCACUGGGCAGACGAUCACCGCAAACCCGAACAAGCUCGCGUAUACUCUCCGUCAACCCCUUGGUGUUGUCGCCCAGAUCAUCCCUUGGAACUACCCUCUUGCGAUGGCCGCCUGGAAGAUCGGCCCUGCGCUAGCAUGCGGUAAUACCAUUGUUAUGAAGGCUGCUGAACAAACACCUCUCAGCAUCCUGCUUCUCGGCGAGGCUAUCAAGGCAGUUGGAUUCCCCCCUGGUGUCUUCAACGCUCUCAAUGGCUACGGAGGCGAGGCUGGACCUGCUCUUGUCCAGCACCCUCUGGUUGAUAAGGUUGCUUUUACUGGAUCAACUGCUACUGGUGCUAAGAUUAUGGAGAUGGCUUCCAAGACUCUCAAGAACAUUACCCUCGAGACGGGUGGUAAAUCACCUCUUUUGGUCUUUGCUGAUAGUGACCUUGAUGAGGCUGUCAAGUGGUCACAUAUGGGUAUCAUGUCCAAUCAGGGUCAAAUCUGCACAGCUACUUCUCGUCUGUUGGUUCAGGACAAGGUAUACGAUGAGUUCGUCCAGCGCUUCAUCGAGACAACCAAGACAGUUAGCAAGGUCGGCCACCAAUGGGAUUCCGAGACAUAUCAGGGCCCCCAGGUCUCAAAGCAACAGUACGACCGCAUCCUUGAGUAUAUCCAGAUCGGAAAGUCCGAGGGUGCUACUCUUCUCGCUGGUGGACAGCCUGUCGAUUCUUCCAAGAAGGGCUUCUUUAUCCAGCCCACUAUCUUUGGUGACGUCCACCACCAGAUGCGUGUCUUCCGUGAGGAAAUCUUUGGCCCUGUGGUAGUCAUCACCAAGUUCAGUGAUGAAGAGGAGGCUCUCAAGCUCGCCAACGACACAACAUACGGUCUCGGUGCCGCUGUCUUUACAAAGGACGUCGAGCGUGCCCACCGUGUUGCUGCUGAGAUUGAGGCUGGUAUGGUUUGGAUCAACUCUACUCAGGACUCUGAGCCUUAUAUCCCCUUUGGUGGUGUGAAGCAGAGUGGUAUUGGCCGUGAGCUCGGUGAAGCUGGCCUUGAAGCUUAUAGCAAUACUAAAUCUGUACACGUCAACUUGGGUUCCCGUCUGUAA